GUAUCGGACAGCUCUGCUGCGGUAACGUGUUGGACCAGUGUCGACGUGAUCCACUCUCAGGUGCCGGGCUGGCGCCCCGGGAGGACGCGCGUGACCCCGCGUCGUGACGUCGUGACGCGACGGACGUGACGUCACCGGGUCGUGACGAGACGCCGUGUCUGUGACGUGACCGGGCUGGCGGCGAGCCGGGAGGCACCUCCAUCGGGCGUGGCGUGACAGACGAGAUCGGCCCGCGCCCUCGGAAUGGUCGUCCGCCGCGGCACGCCCAGGUAGAUCGAAUUGAAACUUCCUUGUCAAGAUUGACGCUUCAUGGGCAUAGCUCGAAUAGUGAUGAAUCAAUCACGGGCUGUCGCUAACUGUUGUAGAUGCGAGUAGUUAGACCGUCCUGUUGGCGUGUGAUUGUCUAUAAUCCACUGUCGUUUCUGGGUGGUCCCUCUCUAUCGACCGUGGCGAGUGCUCCGCGCUGUAAUUCCGCUUCAACACCUCGUCUGUCGCCGCCGCCGGCCGCCCGGCGCAAUGAAAAGCGUGUCGGCCGGUAGACUACCGCCAUUACUCUCCCAAACAAACUGGUUUUGGCCGCCAAUUGGCGCUUCUCGGUGCUGCAGCGCGGCUCCACAGAGGCGGGCGCUGCUCCGAGCGAUGGAUGCAAAACGGUGGGGCGUGUCAGCCGACGGCACUGAUCGCGACUGAUUCCGCAUGGGCCCGCACUGGCUAAUGGCCCGUUCGGAGCGGCCUUGGGGUAAAUGUUCCACCGGGAGCUACUUUGUCCGUGAGUACUGGCCGUACUGAGCUGUCUCAGCUUCGGUAAUUUCCGCCGGAAUAAUGUAGAAAUGCCAACGGCUGGGUGGCGCUAAUCCGGACAGUCUGACCGAGAAGCUUGUCCUGACCCACCAGACAACAGGUAGGUCUCUGGUCAGCCUUGGACAGCCGUCUUCAAAGGACCAGCGCCCUUAUGCGCGCUGGUCAAUCCCCACUGGAAGCCAUGGGCUUUAUAGUUCACGUGCAACCGCUCACUUGGAUUAAACUCAUCAGAUUCAGAAGUUGAGUUGAACAGAGAGCUGAGGGUCCGUUCAGUCCACGUGGUUUGUGUGGUUAUUCUCGUCUGUCCACGUGGAGGUCGCUCAGCCCCCGCAGCUGUUUGGCUAGGUCAGCUGAGCUGAAGACCCGUUCUCCUCCCGUGACUGCGGAUCGGUCGGCUGAGUUGAGCACCUCCUCCCGUGACCGCGAGUCGUUCGGCCACCCACUCGCCUCUCGCGGCGCGCCGUGCCGUGUGCGGACAGGUGGAGCCGCCGGCGGCACCGGCUGCUCCCCUGGCACGGACCGCACUGCCGCCGCCGCCGCCACCGCGGCUCAGUCUUCCGACGAACGUCGAACCGGCAACACGGUGAACGGACUCUCUGCAAAGCCGACAGAGCACCUGUCGCGGGUGACGUUAAGACCGAACCACGUGGAGGUGUGAGACAUCACGUGCCGACCCGUGCCGUUUCGUGUCACGUAGCAUCCGGUGCCACGUGCCGCUACGUGCCGUUCCGUGUCCCGUGCCGUGCAGCCGUCCAGACGGUCUGUAUUUACCUGUGCGGCGCCCGGUAAGGUGACUGGCGGGUGGACAGUGACUGUGUGAAAUCCUCGGACGGCGCCGGCGCCGCCCGCGGUGAUUGUCAUUCGUCCAGGAGGCAGGAGCUCUCCAUCAGCUCCUGUCGGUGGGGCGGCGCGCACGGGGCGGCCAGUCGACGGGAGUGGGAGUGGAGACAGUCGACACGGUCCGCGCUGACCGAGACAGAGCUGAGAGUGAGGAUUAGGGCGGUCAGGAGCGGGCCGUGAGCUGUCGGUGGUGCCGUGAGCCGUGUGAGAUCCGGUGAGCGCCGUGUGAGAUCCAGCCGGCGGGUGAGAGGGGCCGUAUGGUGCGUCCCGGCCCGCCGCCGCCGGGGCCAUGGUGACUGGUAAAUGAUGCGUGCGGCCGGCGCCCACUCGGCCCUGCUCCCGCUGCUGUUGGUGAUGGUGACCGUGACGUGGUGCUCCCGGCUGGUGCCGCGCCGGUCGGAGGUGGUCCCGCUGUGUGACCGGGUGUGUGAAGGACCGCUGGUCCCGUGCGAGCGCGGUACUGCAGACCACCAGGACCACAUUCACUACAGGCCCAGGCGGCCGCUGCCGGUGUCCCGCUCGUCGUGUGGCCGGGUGCGCGGUCUGACGUCGCGCCAGCGCCGCUUCUGCCGCCGCCACCCGGACCUGCUGCAGGCCCUGCUGAGCGGCUACCAGCUGGGCGCCUCCGACUGUCGGCACCGCUUCCGACUGCACCGCUGGAACUGCGCCGCGCUCGGCCGGCACCUCGACUUCGGGCACGUCCAGGUCAGAGGUACCCGGGAGGCGGCCGUUAUGUACGCCCUGCAGAGUGCCGCCGUGACGCACUCCCUGUACGCCGCCUGUCGGAGAGGUACCGUGGAAGGCUGCGCGUGCCGCCGGCCGGGCCCGGACACCCGUGCCGUGGACUUUUGGAAGUGGUCCGGCUGCGGAGAGGGCCUCUCUCACAGCGGCCGGCAGGCGCGCCGCUUCCUCAACGCCAGGGAGACAGAGGGGGACGCGCGCAGCCUCAUGAACCGGCACAACAACCGCGCGGGGGUCAAGGCGGUGACGGGCGGCCGCCGACGGCGCUGCCACUGCCACGGCCCCUCCGGCAGCUGCUCCCUGCGCACGUGCUGGAUGGACGCGCCCUCCAGCUUCUCGGUGAUCGGGGACCGACUGCAGCAGCAGCUGGACAGCUCGCAGCUGGUGCACUUGGUGCAGCUGCCCACCGGCAAACGCCGGCUGCGGGCUGUGGAAGGUGACCUUACCGAACGCCUGGAGCGGCGGAGACUGGUGCACCUGGAGCCGUCACCGACCUACUGCGACCCCGAUCCGGAGAGGGGCCACAACGGCACCGUCGGCCGCGUGUGUCGAAAGAACCGCUCCCUUCCUGGCAGCUGCGAGUACAUGUGCUGUGGCCGAGGCUACAACAUACAGAUCACCUACCGGCGCUACUGCUGUAACUUCCACCAGCGACCCGGGCGACCUACAGAGUGUCGGCAGAGGACGCGACUGCGAAAGUGCCAGUGACCGGCCGAGAGCGGCCUAGGUGCGAGUUAGAGCGGCCGAGAGCGGCCUAAGUGUGUGGUUACAGCGCGGCGGCCGCGGGAACAGUGCCAGUGAAUUCGGGCUAACGUAUUUCUACAAAUAACUACUACGGCGAAAGCCGUAGUAGUUAUUUAACGUGUUCGGUCAGGAAGUGUCCACGGAAGAGCCAGGAGCCAAGGAGCCAAGACAGAGCGCCCGGAAAGUGAAGCUGUGCCGUCGAUCGGUUGUAGGAAAUGUUAUUGAACAGGAAGGAAUGAAGGGUGGAAAGGUGGAGGGGAAAACCGGUGAAACGUGGCGAUACUGAGGUGCUCAAGCAGUGUCUAUCGUGUCAAAAGUGACGCAACUGUGAGAGAUCUGAAGCCUUCCUGACAGAUCUGAUGGGAGAUCUGCUCACCCAGCCCCCAUACGAUCGGCAUGACAGUGAUGCGUAUUGUGACCUGAACUGCCACCUGAAAUGACUAUAUUGAUGACAUUUAGUCGUGACAUCUUUUGAUGGCGCCUGCCAUGACGUGUUUGAUGGUGAAGUGUCGCAGGACGAACUCGUGUCUCAUGUUUCAUUUUUCUUUUAUUUCCUCAACCCCAUGACAGCGCUCGCUGUCCUUAGUCAGCUGUCACCGACUCUCUAUAUUAGAUCUCAUGAGGCAGCUUUUCGAGGCGUUGUGCAGCCCGCCCCCACCCCUUCUAACGUACUCAGUGCUGGCGGAAAUGAGAGCACGUCCAACAUACGGGUUCACCGAGUCUGGCCACUCGGUGACUCUGACUCUUACUCCCGAGUCACCGGACCCUGAACCUGGAAGAGGGCUCUCACGACUGACUAAAAGUGAUGGAGUCGUAGCUCGUCAGCGCCCGUCCGCUGCGGGGCGAGCAAAGUCAUUCCGACUAAUGUUUCAUAUAGGUGCUCUCGAAGUCGUAAUAAAUAUAUAGGUACUUGCAA